AUGGUGCGAUAUUCGAAAGUUUCGGCUGUGGCAGCAGCUUUGUUGCUUCCCUGCGCCUCGGCACAGUUCGUAUCCGCCCCGUCCGACUUGAUCACCAAGAAGGGACAUGCGGGGAUCAAUGUGCGGUACAAAGAAGUCCCGGCUGGAAUUUGCGAGCAAGAUCCCAAUGUCAAGAGCUAUUCUGGCUACGCGGAUGUUGGUGAGUAUGAGCAUAUUUUCUGGUGGUUCUUUGAAGCAAGAAACGAAGACCCGAAGAAGGCGCCACUCACAGUCUGGAUCAAUGGCGGGCCAGGGUCAUCUUCCAUGAUUGGACUAUUCCAAGAACUUGGCCCAUGUGGCGUCGAUUCCAACGGCAACGCCUACAACAACCCUUACUCAUGGUCCAACGCAAGCAACAUGCUUUUCAUUGACCAGCCAACCACCGUCGGACUUUCAUACUCGAUUCCAAUCCCAGGGUAUCAAGAUAGCGAUGGCAAUAUCAUCCAACUACCUAGCGAAACAUGCCCUGAUUAUGCCGAGGAGGUCGGCACAUGCGGCACAUACUCCAAAUCAGAUAUUAGCCUUGUUCCGAACUCAACUCAAGGCGCGGCACCGAAUAUGUGGAAGACGCUGCAAGGAUUCAUGGGUGUAUUCCCGCAUUACUCGCGUAAUGGCUUCUCCUUUACGACGGAGAGUUAUGGUGGACACUACGGUCCGGUGUUUAACGAGUACUUCCUCUCACAAAACGCCAAAAACAUCCCCGACGCAAUCGACAUAAAACUCGAAAACGUCCUCAUCGGAAACGGCUGGUUCGACCCCCUAAUCCAAUACCAAGCCUACUAUAACUUCUCCAUCUCCCCUGGAAACACCUACGACUACGAUCCGUACAACGCAUCCAUAAAAGCAGAAUGGUACAACAACCUCUAUGGUCCCGGAAACUGCCUCGACCAGACCAAGCAAUGCUACGCAACAGGUCGCAACGACAUCUGCGCCACGGCGGAUAGUUUCUGCGCGAAUAAGGUGGAGAAUAUGUUUGAUAUUUACUCUGGACGGGAUGAGUAUGAUAUGCGCGAGUUGACGCCUGAUCCAUUCCCGUACUCGUUUUAUGUGGAGUAUUUGAAUACGCCGAAGGUUCAGGCUGCGAUUGGUGCUUAUCAGAACUUUUCGGAGUAUUCGUAUACGGUGGGCAAUGCGUUUUCGAAUACCGGUGAUGAUGAUCGGGAGUCGAAUACUAUUGAGGAUGUGAGGAAGUUGUUGGAUGCGGGUGUGCAGGUUAUUAUGUAUUUUGGUGAUGCCGACUACAACUGCAACUGGCUCGGCGGCCAGGUCGUCGCCGACGAAAUCAACGCCCUAGGCUACAAAGACGCCGGCUUCGUCAAUAUCACCACCUCCGACGGCGUCGUACACGGCCAAGUCCGACAAAGCGAUUUAUACAGCUUCGUGCGGAUCUACGAGUCCGGCCAUGAAGUGCCAUUCUACCAGCCCCUCGCCUCACUAGAACUGUUCGAGCGAGCACUCGCAAGGAAAGAUAUCGCGACGGGUAAACAUACCGUGAAGUCGCAUGGCGGAUAUAAGACUCAUGGAACACCCACGAGUGACUACCGGGAGGGUAAUAGCACUGUUGUGAUGGAGGUUCUUCCUAGUGAUGCUACGUAUAACACGACGCUGAAUGGACCGAACCCGUCGAGCUCAAAUAAGGUGCGGAGGGAUAAUGUGCAGGGUCGGUCUCUGGGGAAGGCUAAGGCUGUCCGGAAGGUGAGGCGGUCGAUGGGCGGGAGACGUUUGGUUUAA